CUUUCGAGCCCUCUCCUCUCCACUCGCUCACACAGUCGCCAUUAUUCAGAGGACACAACACAGGCGUACACUAGGCUCACUUCUCCUUGACACCACCACCACCACCGCCACCCAUUACUAUUCCCGCUCACUCUCAUUCUCACUCUCACUCACUCUUACUCUCACUCUCUCUCGCUCUCACUCUCGCUCGCUCGCUCUCUCUCUCCACUCCAACUCGCUCCACUCCUCCUCCUUGGUCCCUCAUGUCGAAUCGAAAUGGGGAACCCGACUUCCAGCAUUGGAGACAGCAGCAAGGCCCCUUCUCCCCUUCCACCUCUGCCUCGUCCAUCUCUUCCGCAUCGCCCUCGCCUCCGUCUAUGCCAGAGUAUGUCUUCUCCUCCAAAACCAGUCGCAAACUCUCUCUCCAGACCUAUCUCGCAAACCUUCCCGAAUGGUCCAGCUCCACGCGCCUGGCCUCGCUCUACUCUGAGUUCGACAAGCUCAAGGAAACCAAUCCCUUCGGAUACGAGGCCAACAUCUCCUGGUGGCGUUCCGUCAUUCUAGGUGCUGCCAGGAACGGCCUCCUUUCGUCCUACCAACCCCAUGCCAACUAUAACACUUCGGCCACCCAUCAUCACUCGACAGCACAUUCGUCAACGGACUCUGGAUCAUCAGGAGCAGCCGCAGCUUCCAAAUCCGUGUGUGAACCCACUGGCUCUGCAAUUGGCGUCCUUGAACUCGACCUGGAUCAGUUGGCGGCAAAGUUUCAGAAGAACGGACGAAGACCACACUCUCUUCUGGCAGUCAUGAACGAGAUGCACGCGUCGGGCGAGGUUAUCCCUCGGUCAGACUUCUUACCCUGGGCAGGUGUUGGAUGGACAGGAUGGAUCUUUCACAAGGUCGUCAAGGCGCCCUUGCUCUGGAGUCUCAAGCAGCUCAGCAUUUCGGACUCAAGUUCAUCCCCUGUAUAUCCGGCAUCAUCACCAAUAUUGGCAUCCUCGGGAUUUGGAAGUCCUGGCGGAGCGGGCUCAGGAUCGAGCGGCAAGGUCGGUGUGGGAGGUAGCACAGGUGCAGGAAGUAAUGGCUUAGCAUUAGGAAUAUCUUCAUCGGCUUCAGUAGCCUCGACUCACCGAGAUACAUACGUGAUUGUCUCGUUUGUUCAGGAGGCAGCGGCAAGGAUCCUGAAAAUUCAACAAGAGUCAACCAGCUAUCAUGCAUCGGAUAACCUAAUGACCUUUGCGGACUUUCGGCAAAAGUUCUCCAGGACAGCACUUUUGCCUAUUCGGGGAAAGCUAACGAGCGAUGCGACAACUGGAGCAGGAUCGGUCAUCAUUUUGACAGACAGGGAUCUGGAGAUCGUGAUGCGCUACAUGCAAUACGAGCUAAAGGUCCUGGUCACCGGCAAGCUAGAUGCCAACAAGCAGGGCAACGAGGUUCAGGACCACGAAAUGGUUGUCAAGUUUGCAAACAAGGACGUGAUCCGGGACAAGUCGAAGCAGGAAGUCACAACACCGGACAGAGGGAUCAUAGAACUUCGACAGACCUGCAAGCGACUUGACAAUCAGGUUCAGGACAUUGAGGAGCGCAUUUCGCAGCUGACAGAAAAGGCGAGGGCAUGCGUCAAGAAGAACCAGAAAUCACAGGCGACCUUCGCACUCCGACAACGAAAGAAUUUGGAGGAUGUGUUAAACAAGCGCUUGACAUCGCUGGAUACCCUAUCCUCGAUCUUGUUCAGAAUCCAAUCAUCCGAAACGGACGCUGAAGUCCUCCAGUCAUACAAACUGGGCGCCAGUACCUUGGCCUCCGUAAUGGCAACCAAGGACGAAAACGGACAGCAGAUGCUCAGUAGGGACAAUGUCGAGUCGGCCAUGGAUCGUCUUGCGGACGUAUUUGCAGACCAGCAGGAGGUGGAUCAGGCUAUGAAUGAGGGAACCGCGAUUUUGUUGGAAAGCACGACGCCUGGUGGUAUAGACGAGGAUGACCUUAUGGCUGAACUGGAUGCUUUGAUGGGCCAACAACAUACAACUACUGCUACCCCUGCACACAAAGAAACGCCUGCUCCAGUGGAAACUGCAGCUCCAAAUAAGCAACCCAGUAUAGCGAGGCCGAUACCCAUCAAGAGGACGACACCGCCAAUACCGAAUGAACCCAUGUCCAUAUCUCCAACCAACGCUAGAGAGCACAGCGCUUCCGCUCCUGGAAAGCGUGUCGCCGAGAUACCCGAACAGGCCUCUGUCUAUGCUAAGCAACGUAAAGUCAGCCAGACCAGUGUUCAUUCGCAACGUAGGAAUAGCGGAGAGACUCAGGGCCACGAUGGCUCGUCCCAUUCCAGUUCACGGGAGAGAUUAGGCGAUGCUGAGGCAGCCAUGGUUACUGAGGUGCCAGAAGAAGACACGGCAAAGUUAUCCAGAAUGGAAACAGAUCGUUCACCUAACGCCACUGCAACUGCUGUAGAGACAUCCAAGCCCAUCACAUCAGGACCGAACGAAGACGAGGGCUUGUCGCUGGAGGAGCAGCGCGAUUUGGAGGCCAUGAUGAGAGAGCUGGAGGAGAUUAGGGCGCCAGAGGAGGACAUUACCAUGGAAAAGGAAGAGCCAGAGCGGACAACAGGGACUGUGGAGCACGCAAAUGAUGGAGCAGGUCAGGACCGUGAUACAGAAGGCGUACAGGAGCGGUCCAAGGCGCGCAAGGAGACGCGCAUGAUGGAGCACAGCUAAUAGCACAGUCUUUGUUUCUGAACUUGGUUUUAUUUUUAUUCAUUCGUUUUCUGUAGUAUAGUACUUUCAUUGUCCAGUCUAAUCCAUCCUUAUCUUCGCCCAUAGUUUGCCAUACAUCUCCUGCAGCCGUUGUCGUUUUGUUCGCAUUUACAUAGGACUUGAAAAGUAAUAGAGCGGUAUCCUGCGCACCGCGUGAGCGCUCUGCUUUGAGAAGUCUUCUGGG